GCACAGCCCAGCCCAGCCCGCGCCGGCCUCCGCCGAGGGACCAUGGGCGAUGCGCUCCUCCCGGCGCGGGGGGCUGCGGCGCACAGGAGGCGUCGGAGGAGGAUGGAGCUGAAAUACAGAUAUAUGUUGACUAAGGAGUCGGAAUAAGACUGAGUCCUGCUCUGUGAUCUGCAUAUACUUGGACCAUGAACUUGCUCUUUGGCUUCAUGCUUUAGGAACCUUCAUACUAACUGUGAGAAGCUGUUGGGAAUCAUGGCAUUCUCUCCAUGGAAGCUGUCCUCUCAGAAACUUGGCUUUUUUCUGGUGACUUUUGGCUUUAUUUGGGGAAUGAUGCUUCUGCAUUUCACUAUUCAGCAGCAAACACAACACGAAAGCAGUUCAGUCCUGCGUGAACAAAUUUUGGAUCUCAGCAAAAGAUAUAUCAAAGCAUUAGCUGAAGAAAAUAAAAAUGUGGUUGAUGGACCUUAUGUUGGAACAGUGACAGCAUACGAUUUGAAGAAAACACUUGCAGUCUUGUUGGAUAAUAUCUUGCAGCGUAUUGGGAAACUGGAGUCCAAAGUGGAAAAUCUUGUACUUAAUGGAACAGGAGCAAAUUCUACCAACAAUACCACCACUCCAGCUCCCAGCUUAGGAGCAGUCGAAAAGCUUAAUGUAGCAGAUCUCAUAAAUGGAGCCCAAGAACAGUGUGAAUUGCCUCCUAUGGAUGGUUUUCCUCACUGUGAAGGGAAAAUAAAGUGGAUGAAAGAUAUGUGGCGAUCGGAUCCCUGUUAUGCAAGUUAUGGUGUAGAUGGGUCCACAUGCUCCUUUUUUAUUUACCUCAGUGAGGUUGAAAAUUGGUGUCCUCGUUUACCUUGGAGAGCAAAAAAUCCUAAUGAAGAAACUGAUCAAAAGACAGCGGCUGAAAUUCGUAUCAACUUUGAUCCUCUCUACAAAAUGAUGUCAAGGCAUGAGGAAUUCAGGUGGAUGAUGUUACGUAUCCGACGAAUGGCUGAUACUUGGAUUGAAGCAAUUAAAUCACUUGCAGAAAAACAAAAUUUGGAGAAUAGAAAACGAAAGAAGAUUCUUGUUCACCUUGGGCUUUUGACAAAAGAGUCUGGAUUCAAGAUUGCUGAGAAUGCAUUUAGUGGUGGCCCGCUUGGUGAAUUAGUCCAAUGGAGUGAUUUAAUUACAUCUCUCUACUUACUGGGCCAUGAUAUCAGGAUUUCAGCUUCACUGGCAGAGCUCAAGGAAAUUAUGAAGAAGGUUGUAGGUAACAGAUCUGGCUGCCCUACCCAGGGAGAUAAAGUUGUUGAACUCAUCUACAUUGAUAUAGUGGGACUCACUCAGUUUAAGAAAACACUUGGCCCAUCAUGGGUGCAUUACCAGUGUAUGCUAAGAGUUCUGGAUUCCUUUGGAACUGAACCAGAAUUUAACCAUGCCCAUUAUGCUCAGUCUAAAGGCCACAAAACACCAUGGGGAAAGUGGAACCUUAAUCCCCAGCAGUUCUAUACAAUGUUCCCUCACACUCCAGAUAACAGCUUCCUUGGAUUUGUGGUAGAGCAGCAUUUGAAUUCCAGUGACAUUAAACACAUUAAUGAUAUCAAAAGGCAGAAUCAAUCUCUCGUUUAUGGCAAAGUAGAUAAUUUCUGGAAGGACAAGAAGGCUUAUCUGGAUGUCAUUCACACCUAUAUGGAAGUCCAUGGAACUGUUCAUGGGACAAGCACGAUUUAUAUUCCUGGCUAUGUAAAAAACCAUGGUAUACUCAGUGGGCGGGAUCUGCAGUUUCUACUGAGAGAAACCAAGCUGUUUGUUGGUCUUGGAUUUCCCUAUGAAGGGCCUGCUCCUUUAGAGGCUAUUGCUAACGGAUGUGCUUUUCUGAACUUAAGAUUUAAUCCACCAAAAAGUAGCAAAAACACAGAAUUUUUCAAAGGCAAACCAACACUCCGAGAGCUAACAUCUCAGCAUCCCUAUGCUGAAGUUUACAUCGGGAAGCCCCACGUUUGGACUGUAGACAUCAAUGAUCUUUCUGAAGUGGAGAAGGCUGUGAAAUCAAUUUUGAAUCAAAAGAUUGAUCCUUAUUUGCCCUAUGAAUUUACCUGCGAGGGAAUGCUUCAGAGGAUGAAUGCAUUUAUUGAAAGACAGGAUUUCUGUCAUGGGCAAGUGAUGUGGCCCCCACUAAGUGCCCUUCAAGUGAAAAUUGCUGAACCUGGAAAAUCCUGUAAACAAGUUUGUCAGGAAAGCCAGCUCAUUUGUGAGCCUUCCUUCUUCCAGCAUCUUAACAAGGACAAAGCUCUGCUUAAGCAUAACAUCGAGUGUCUCACCAUUGAGUCUGCAAAUGAUAUUCUGGUCCCCUCUUUUGAUGCAAGAAGGAAGCACUGUGUUUUCCAAGGUGACCUCUUACUGUUCAGCUGUGCUGGAUCCCACCCGACCCACAGAAGAAUCUGCCCAUGCAGGGACUACAUUAAGGGACAGGUUGCGCUUUGUAAAGACUGCCUAUAGCAGCAGCAGGGCUUCUUUUGAGUAGAGGACAAAAUGUAAGUAGUUUUAAGAGGAGCUACUUAUUAAUUCCUGCACUUCUGCCCAGGUUUUUUGCUGCAGGCAGAGCUAUUAUUGCUGGGCAGAAUUAUCUACUGAGAGGAGGGAUUGAUAGCAAACAGCUAACUGAUCUUUUUUCCUGUAAGAACAUUUGCAGUGCAACUCUUCAAAUUGCUUCAUCUGUUUGCGAAGAGAAAUGAGUUUCGUGUUCUCCAGUGAUUUGAAGAUGACUGCACAGAAUAGUUUGUAGAAAACUCCCAGGCCCAUCAAACUUCUUUUUUUGUUGUUUGGGUGAAGUGUUUUCUAUUUUUCGAUGAGUUUGAACAUCCCUGGUAAUGGUUAGCAAAAAGAUCUCAGCGUCAUUCCAGUAGAACAUUGAAAAAAGUGUGCUGGGGGGGGGUGGCGGGGGGAGGACGAAAAUUUAUUAUAGAUGCACUGUUUUGGGCACUGCUUUGUCUUGAAUGGCUACAAAGUGGUUUACUUCACAAGAAUUUGGAAUCACAAGAUAGCUCUAUAUUCUGUAAUUGGGUUAUCUUGGCCCAGUCUUUUUCGUUUGUUUUAAGCUUUGUAUACAAAGUAUUGUCUGCAUCACAGCUGCUGCACCAGAGCAGUGUGAACAGAAAGUGCUAUGAGUCAGCAAGCAGGCAGAGUGUGACCCGACAGCCAACUUGGGUUGGGGCAUUCUUCAGUGUGGAAAAGCCUCAAAGACACGCUGCCUUUUUAGGAAUGGACUUGUCAGUUUACUGGUCCCAUUUAGAAAGUAAUCCUUGGAAUUUGCCCAUGCUUCUGUUGUAGUCUGUCUACUAGAAAUACUGUGUGAAGCAAAAAGUAUUCAGCAUCUUUGGAGCAAUAUUAUUGUUAGAGCCUCAGUUUGCUGCGCCUUCCAGUAGUUAAAGUGUUGCUGAAUGACAUAGAAAGGUUAAACUAAGCUAACUAUAAUUAUUGUAUGGUAGAAAUGUAAAAUGUCUUCAUAACUAGCUAGAUUUUUAAAGAGAAUUUUUUUCUGAAGAACAAGAGGAGACAACUGCUAAGAAAAGUAUUGACUGAUCAUGUGGGUGCUUUGGUUGUUUUUCUCUUGGGGAGGGAAGGAGGGGUUUGGUGUUUUUUUAGGUUUUCUUUUCUGUUUUUUUUAACAGGCACACCAGUUAUAAAUUGAGAAAAUUGAAGAGUUUGAAUUCAAACUUCCUUUGAAGCAGCACAUUAAAUCUUUGACACCACUUUCUUUUUGUAGAGGUAACUAUGGUUCUUCUCAGCAGAAGGUGGCACGCUUUGCAGCACCAUUUGUAGGCAGGAAACAAUUUGCUAAAGUCAGUGAGAAACCAGUCUGUGGUGUAUUUUGAAAGCAGUCAUAGUCAGCACAUUUGGGACUUGAAUGUGUUCUGUUUUGGAAAAAAAUCCCAUUGGCAUGAAGGUUUUUUUUUAUAAAGAUGACCGAGUAGCCAUGAAAAGCAUAGAAACUUUUGUUUUCCCAUCUCUUCACCUACCAAAGACCGUUCGAGGGAACUGCUUUUUAAUCCUGGAUAAAUUUUUAAAACAGGGGAACUGAAAAUUAAGUUUCAAUGUGAAAGCAGCGAAUUACCUUUCUCCAAUUGGUUUCCUGCCUCAGCACUCCUGAUGGUGUUACACUGUAACACUCCAUACACAGGACUGCUGCAAACACAGGACUGUAAUCCUGAGGCUGUUGGGCGGCCACAAGGAUGUGUGGGAAGUUCCUGGGAUGCCAGGAACUGGCUGCAAUGGUGGUAAAAUCUGCUGUAUCUUAAGAGUAAUUUUCCAAAAGCAGAAUAACAGGGCCCUUUAAUGAGAGGCAAAUAUUUGGUGUGAGAAGCAAAACACAACUAGUAUGAACAUUCUUACUGUUAGCAUAUCUCAGCAUUUGCUUCAGUCAACAGAAGCGUGGUUUGCAAUAGUUUUAAUACCCCAGCAGAGCUGGAGGAGGAGGAUUCGAAAUGGGUCUGAGCAGAUGCAACAAUUCAUCUUGUGUUUAUAUCACCUAUUCCCCACAUAGCUGUGCAUAUUUGUGCAACUGGAAAACCCUGUGUAUUAACGGCAGUGUGUACUUCUACCUGGUGCUGAAAGUGGGGGCAACAGCAGAGAUUUGUCUUUCCUAGUUCAGCCUGAGGUUCCUCAGGCAGGAUUUUAAUUCAGAAUGACAUAUCAGAGAAUUACAUCGGAAACAAAGAUGUGGAUGUGUGCACUUACAAAUGCAAAACACGUAAUUUUUGUUGCAGUGUAAUUCUUGGCUGUAAAUACAUAUUUGCUUGACUCCCCCUG